GGAGCUUAGAGAAGGGAUCUGCAUUGUAAGUAGCUCUGAGAGCAGCAGCAAGUGGUGGCUGUUUUUCAACCUGUUUUUGUUUCCCCGAGGGGAGGCAGCACGUUGAACAAGCAGAAGGAGAAGAGCCGGGCAGAAGAGCACAGAUUUUCAAAAGUCUGAGCUGAGUUUGAAAAGAAAGAAACGGAGAGAGGAGAAGAAGAAGAAGGGGGUGAGGGAAGCCGGGAGGAACACAAGGCAGCAAUGGAUAGCAGAGUGGCUCAGCCUGACCCCGGGAUGGCAUGCAUUCACACACAGCUGCUGGCUGCCGUCCAGCACACACACUAGGCUGCUAACACCGUUGAGCUCCCAUGUGUUUGUUCAGCCAUGCUUCCUGGGUAUGGAUUUUCACCUUUUCCUGAUUUCCAACCACACCGUCACGCUUUUCACUGCCGAGGAGAGAGUCCCAGCAUGUGGAUCCCCGGCUCGGGGGAGUCCCAGGCUCUGAGCGAGGUGCAGGAGGACAGGCCUCUCCUUCACCCGUGCCACCACAAGCAUGUUGCAGUGUGCCAGCAGGAAACAUUGGCCUUUAUAGAGCUACAGCCACCAGUGACUCCUAAACUAAACGGCCUUAGCUCUCCGAGGCCAACUGCUAUUCCUGAGGCUCAAUGCACAACACACUCCCAGCCCCUGAAUGGUUUCAAACACACACUAAAUGAACUGAACGACAUGCAGAAAGGCUGCCACAGGACAGACAAUGAGCAUGAAACAACGUUGAAUUUGAACUGUCAUAUGUCUGCGGGUGACUGUGAGUUUGAAUGCCAGAAUGGCAUCAGGACUUCUUUGCCGGAGCAAACUGAAAAGCCUCGUUCUGUCACAACAUUGUGUCGUCCUCUCCACGCAGCUCUUAGCCUCCCUCUGCCGUUCUCUUUGUCCUCUCUAUACACAAACAGAGACUCCUGGGAAUCUCAGUUACCUUGCUCCCCAUCCUCACCUGAAGGUCCAGGGUGUCAGAGCCCAGACUCCAGCCAGCUGCAGAGGAGGACAUCACAGGGUUCAGUGAAAGAGAAGUCUAUCCGGCGAAAGAUGCAGAUUUAUUCCCCAGACAGCCAGAGCGAUGACUCUCUCAGCAGCCCGAUCCUGGACGCAGACUACAUCUUCCCCGGACCUUUUGCAUCUUUCCUGGAGGAGGACCUCAGCGGAUUAUCUUCCCUGGAGGCCAUUUCAAGCCCUUCAUCCACAGACGGUCUCACAGAUCUCCCAAACCUCAGUCAGGAUGAUAUUUUUAAUCUACCUGCAGAACCCCUGCAGAUAAUAGAGGACUCACUGCCGGGGUUGGGGGAAGACAGCGGGAGUGCAGAGACGUCAAGUGCCACAGGGGGGAGCUUUUUGUCUCGCGGCCGUCAGGGGGAUCAAGAGCGGCGGCGCUUCUCGGCGUCAGAACUGAUAUCUAGACUGCAGCUGUCUCAGAGGAAGAGCUCCUUCACCUUGAAGCUGGGGAAGUCUCUGUCUGCACGGGUAGCAUCCAGAGACAGACAGAGCUCCAACAGCCUCGGCCCCAACGCUGACUAUAAGUCCAGCUCAAGGCACCGCAGCUCAGGGGGCUCGAGUGACAGCGCCCCCCACAGUCCUGUGGGACCUGCACCCACUCUGCUCAGCAGUGACAAUGGCAUGCCUCUGCAUCGGUGGAGCACAAAACUCGGAAUGCGAAAGAAAUCCAUAGAGGAGGACUUCUGCACAUUUCCAACUGUCGCUAGCUCCAAUCGCUUAUCACGGUUUUUGCCUAGUUCGAUCCUGUACCAGGAAUACAGCGACGUGGCCAUCAACAGAGAGAUCCAGAGGCAGCAGGGGAAGGAGCCGGGCACAGAGGACGAGGGGCUCAGGGACGAGGGCUCAGACGGGACCCUGUCUCCUUCUAAUCUGUCCCCGUCCAGCUCCUUUCGCUCAUCGCGAGGCUCCGCCUUUGCACUGUGGCAGGACAUCCCCGAUGUUCGAACAAGCGGCCAGCUCGACAACUUCAGCAACGAGGAACGGAAACUCCAGGAGGCGAAGUUCGAGCUGGUGACGUCUGAGGCGUCGUACAUUCGCAGUUUGACGAUCGCAGUGGACCACUUCAUGUUGUCGCAGGAGCUUGCCGAGUGUCUCGGCGCUCAGAAUAAGCAGUGGCUCUUCUCCAAGCUGCCAGAAGUCAAAGGUGUCAGUGAGAGGUUUCUGCAGGACCUGGAACACAGGCUGGAGGAAGACAUUCUGCGUUUUGAUGUGUGCGACAUCGUCCUGGAACACUGCCCGGCUCUGCGAAGGGUUUAUUUACCUUAUGUAACCAACCAGGCGUACCAGGAGCAGACAUACCAGCGUCUGCUGCACGAGAACCCUCGUUUCCCCGGCAUCCUGGCUCGCUUAGAGGAGGACCCCGUCUGCCAAAGACUUCCUCUGACAUCUUUUCUAAUCCUCCCGUUUCAGAGGAUCACACGCCUUAAAAUGCUGGUGGAGAACAUCUUAAAGAGAACGACACCGGGCUCCCGAGAUGAGGACACUGCCACGAAAGCUUUCAAUGAGUUAAAAAAGAUCAUCAAAGAAUGUAACUCCAGCGUGCAGUCGAUGAAGAGGAUGGAGGAACUUAUUCACCUCAAUAAAAAAAUCAAUUUUGAGGGAAAGAUCUUCCCUCUGAUCUCUCAGUCCCGCUGGCUGGUGAAACACGGUGAGCUCCUGGAGGUGGACACUCAGACGAUGAGUAUUUCCGGAUCCAAGCUCAAGUUGCCCACCAAGCCUGUGUACCUGCACCUGUUCAACGACAGCCUCCUGCUGUCCCGGAGGAAGGACACGUGGAAGUUCAUGGUUUUCGUACACGCCAAGAUAGGAGAGCUGAAAGUGAAGGAUCUCAGUCAGAAGCUGCAGGGCAUCUCGGGCUUCAUCUUCCACCUGCAGCUGUGUGAAGGCCAGCAGCUCAAACACCAGAUCCUGCUCAAGUCACACACUGAGAGCGGGAAGCAGAGAUGGAUCACAGCCAUGUUUCCAUCUGAUCCGCUGGAAGACAUCGAGCAAGCCAGCGAGAAUGAUGAUAUAGCCCAAGUUCAGUGCAUCAAGAGCUAUCAGGCCCAAGAGCACGACGAGUUAACACUGGAGAAGGCCGACAUUCUUCAUGCUAAGACCAUUACAAGUGAUGGAUGGGUGGAGGGCAUCAGACUGUCUGACGGGGAACGGGGCUGGUUCCCCAAAACCUACGUGGAGGAAAUCACAAGUCGCAGCGCUCGCCUCCGCAACCUUCGAGAAAAUAUCCGCAUCAAAUGUGUCACGCAGAAACUGGAGGGGGACGACUAACCGUUUCUUCUGCAAGCUGUCGUGUGUCAAAGGUGCAUUUAACUUGCUAAGUUGCACUUAAAGCUUCCGGUUGCACAAAACUACUUAAGUUUUCUCCUUAGUUAUGACACUUAAGGCUUAAUUUCCAACUUACUUAAGGGUGUUGCACAGAAUCCUUAAAAGGUUUCCUUAAUUAAGGAAAAACAUCAAGGCAUUUACUGCAUUGAACGAGAUUAUAGAGCGGUAAAGUAAAUUUCUAGCUUGUGAUACCUGUUAUCGUCUCACAAAGUUGACUUAUAGAUACUAAAACUAAUGGCAAAAGAAAAGUAGACUAGACGUUGGUGAGAGGAGGAAAACGUUAUACUUCUGGAGGAAUUCAAUAAAGGAAAACACGUACUCAAAAGUAAAUCAUAUUUGCAAAUAACAGCAAACGGAAAACAGUUUGAGCCAAAAAACUGAUUAAUAAUUACAUAAAGGUAUCCAACAAAACUUCAAUAUUUAACUUAAAGUUAACUUUUUAACUGUUGCGGUUAAAGUUUUUUCCCUUACUUUGGUUGCUGAAGUCUAUUGUGUAACACUUUAACUAACUUUAAGGGCUUCCUUCGGUAUAAGACCAAGAUAAGGAGAAAACCUUUAACAUCUAAGUGAACACUUCAAGGAAACCUGAAGAAGAAGAUUUAAGGGUGUUUUGUGCAACCAAUUUUAUUUUAAGGAAACCUUAACUCUGACUUUAAGGUAUUUUGUGCCUGCAGCAAUAUUUUUGUCUGUGUCAGUAUUUUCCUUUAGCAUGCUAGCUGUGAAUACAGUCUUGAAAUGCUCCUUUACAUUUGUAGAAAAGGCUUUUAUACAAUAAGAGUCUGUUGACAAACAGAACAUUUUUAACAAAUCGCUUUAUGCAUGCUUUCUGUGAAUGCGUCCGUUACCUUUUAAAGAAAACACAAGCACAUUUACCAGCACAGGUAAUACAUGUAAUUAUAUCCACUUCUCGGUUCAUGUCAGAGGAGUCUCAUGUGGCCAGAUUCCCUGGACUGUGUUGUGCAGAUGAGCUCUGUGAGGUGCAGGAGUUUCAUAAACGUCAAUGAAGAUCGAUCCGUCUACUGAGCUGCAUCAGGACACAUCAGAGGCCUUAACUCUUGUUAUGUUUCAGAGGGCAGAGGAGAAGUUGCCCUGGUUGCAGUCCACAUGAUCAACACAAUUGUACGCUGGUUACGUGAUGAAAUGAAAGCCUGGUGUGUUUUAGUGUUUUAGUCCAGCCACAAUCGGAUACACUGCAGUGUGUCAGUGUGCAACAGUUUCUUCCAUCCUUGUGUUUAAAGACGUGGAUUACUAAAUCAAUCCUUGCCUCCUAAUUAAAGAGGUCCACACCCUCCCUGUAGGUUGUAAAUGGUCUGUAGUAACUCGUUUAUUUUGAAUGCAUGAACUCUGACGGUUGUCCAUACAAGGCAGCUGCAGAAUGAUGGUUUAUUUUUUGUUUUAAAGAUGAUUUUGCUGUUCUACUGUAACAUAAAUGAAGGCUCGACUAUCCUCUUAACAAGGCCGCACUACACAAAUACUGUCUUCUGUCCGUGCCCUAAUCUGAUUAUGGAGUAGGCUGAUGAUAUUCUAUAUUUUUGUUAUUGUCAACGAAUUCCAUUAAUGGACCAAAACCAACAAUUAAUUAAUCCUUCUGACAAGUUUUGUGUGUAGCUAAAGCCCGGUAUCUCUUCUGCCUCUGUGCUAUAGAGCUCCAUUGUUUUCAAAAACUAUUAAAAACCACAGAGUCACACUGUUACACUGUCACACUGUUACACAGUCACACUGUUACACUGUCACACUGUUACACAGUCA